GGUUCCAGUCCCUGGAAUGGAAACACACAUUCCUGUCCUCUUCCUGGAUCUCAGUGCGGAUGAUUUCCAGUCCAGUCUCUCAGCCCCGCUGGCCGGGGGUCUGGACGCGCUGCUCGGCGGGGAGGACGACGAUGACUUCUUUGACCUUCAUAUUGUUAAAAACUACGAUCCAGAGGUGAAGGUGGAGGCCUCCUGGGACUCCACAGUCCACGAGUGCCCCCAGCUGAGCCGCGUGACGUCAGCUGACCAGAGGGUCUACCUGACUGUUAGCACAGUGGUUCAGCUGAGCCACCCCGCACACAUGCAGCUGGUACUUAGGAAACGCAUUUGCGUCAAUGUCACCGGGAGACAGGGUUUUGCUCAGAGCCUGCUGAAGAGGAUGUCUCAGCGCAGCACCAUCCCUGGCUGCGGAGUCACCUUUGAAAUCGUUUCUAACAUCCCAGGA